CGAAAUCCACAACAACGACAACAAACGCAUUGUAAUGGGCAAUCGCAUCGGUGGAGUUGGAGCUGGAGCUGGAGCUGGAGCUGGAGCCGGAAUUGGAAACGAAGGUGAACCCUCAUCUCAGUUCAAUACCCGCAGACGUUAUCAGCAACAUAAGCGAGAAUUUCGCCUGGAGGAUGAGUACCGAUCGAAAACCUUACCAGCACGACAUCCGCAUCAUCAAGAACAUCAUCAUCAAGCUGCAUCCCAUGGAGCUCAAUCGAGAUUGGGAUCUAGCAGCUAUCUGGGCGGCGGUGCAGGGGGUGGAUCUGCAUCUGCUACGAAUGCAACACCCAAUAGCGGUGAGACAUCGAGGGUCUUGUUUCUGCUCUACUUAAUUCAUCGCACCUGGAACGUGGUCAUGGACACAAUGGACACACGCACCAAGAGUCGGACUGCCCGCACCGCUAGCACACCAAAAGAGAUGCCGGUGGAGUUACAGCUCCAUAGACCACAGCCAGAUGAGGAAGCAUCGAUUGGCAUGACCACCACCGAUAUGGACGCCUCAUCAUAUUGUUCGCAAUAUUCCUGCUGCAGUUGCAGCUAUUGUGAACGGGACACCGCAGGAGGCACCCAUACAAAUGUCUAUAGCUCCAUAGCCGAUGACUAUUCCAUGGACUCCAUUUACAAUGGGGGCAAGUCUGUGGCAGGCAGGUGA